UUCCCGCCCUGGUGGUCCUUAACACUCUGUCUCUCUGUUCUAGGGUUUAGGGUUUCAUUACAGCGGUGGCACAAAUGGUCUCUCCGAAGCAGCUCCUUGGCACCAUCGAGUCAGCGCUUCUCGGACCUUCACCUCCAACAGCUGCGCAACGAGUCGAACUCUUGCACGCUAUUCGCACUUCUCUCCGCUCCUUCCAAUCCCUUCUAUCAUAUCCCCCCCCAAAGCCCUCUGAUCGGAGUCAAGUCCAGUCAAAGUCAGUUAGGCUUCCAGAUUCUCCGCCUAUCUCUCUAGAUGACCAGGAUGUGCAGAUUGCACUCAAAUUGAGUGAUGAUCUCCAUCUCAAUGAAGUAGAUUGCGUUCGCUUGCUUGUAUCAGCUAAUCAAGAGUGGGGCUUAAUGGGAAGGGAACCAUUGGAAAUUCUACGGCUUUCAGCGGGACUAUGGUAUACAGAGAGAAGAGAUCUGAUAACAUCCUUCCAUUUGCUGUUAAGGGCUGUGGUGCUUGAUCAGGGAAUUGAAGAUGAUAUAUUGGUUGAGAUUCAGAAAUAUCUGGAAGAUCUUAUCAACUUUGGACUUAGACAGCGGUUGAUUUCUCUUAUCAAGGAACUCAAUAGAGAAGAACCUUUUGGUUGUGGUGGUCCUCAAUGUGAGCGCUAUGUAGUUGAUUCAAGAGGUUCACUUGUGGAGCGACAGGCGGUGGUCUCUAGAGAAAGACAUAUUCUAGGACAUUGCCUUGUCCUUUCGGUUUUGGUUGUUUGGGCAAGUCCAAAGGAUGUUAAAGAUAUUUUGUCUCUUUUAAAAGAUAGUGCUUCUGAAGUUAGUGAGAGCAAUAACACCUUUAAACUUCAGAUUACCUUUAGUCUUCUCUUUUCCCUUGUGAUUACGUUCGUUUCGGAAGGUUUGAGUACAGUGCCUGAUAAAACAUCCGUCCUUUCUUCUAAUAAUUCCUUCAGACAUGAAUUUCAUGAACUUGUAAUGGCUACCGGAAAUGAUCCAGUUGUUGAGGGCUUCAUUGGUGGCAUAAGGCUUGCUUGGGUGGUACAUUUGAUGUUAAUACAGGACCGUGUUUCAGCAAGGGAGACUGUUUCAAGUGGUUCAUCAAAUGAAAUGGGUUAUCUUAGUCAAUGCUUGGAAGUCGUUUUCUCAAAUAAUGUUUUUCAGUUUUUACUGGAUAAAGUUCUUCAUACUGCUGCCUACCAGAAUGAAGACGAAGAUAUGAUCUAUAUGUACAAUGCUUAUCUGCACAAGCUGAUUACAUGCUUCUUGUCUAACCCUCUGGCAAGAGACAAGAUUAAAGAAUCCAAGGAGCGGAUUAUGAGUGUGCUUAGUCCAUACCGAGUUGUUGCAUCACAUGAUUUUGCUCAGGACAGUACAUCAAGUUCUCUACAUGGCACUGAAAUGGGCCCUUUACCAUUUAAUUCAAUCUUGGAUUUUGUGAGUGAAAUUUAUCAGAAAGAACCAGAGCUCCUGUCAGGCAAUGACGUGUUGUGGACAUUUGUAAAUUUUGCUGGGGAGGACCAUACGAAUUUUCAAACACUCGUGGCUUUCUUGAAUAUGCUGAGCACCAUGGCUUCUAGUCAAGAAGGUGCUUCAAAAGUUUUUGAGUUGCUUCAGGGUAAAGCAUUCCGCUCAAUUGGGUGGAGCACUUUGUUUGAAUGCUUAACAAUUUAUGAUGAGAAAUUCAAACAGUCUCUUCAAACUGCUGGAGCAAUGUUGCCUGAAAUUCAGGAGGGAGAUGCAAAAGCACUUAUGGCAUACUUAAAUGUUCUAAAGAAGGUUGUGGAAAAUGGGAACCCUUUAGAAAGGAAAAAUUGGUUUCCUGAUAUUGAACCACUGUUCAAGAUUCUUAGUUACGAAAAUGUACCGCCUUAUCUCAAGGGUGCUCUAAGGAACGCAAUAUCCACAUUUAUUAAUGUCUCUCCGGCAUUGAAGGAUAGCAUUUGGACCUAUCUUGAGCAAUAUGAUCUGUCAGUUGUUGCUGGGCCUGAUGUCCAAAACAGUCCACAAGCCAUAGCUACUCAGGUUUAUGAUAUGCAAUUUGAAUUGAAUGAAAUUGAAGCGAGAAGAGAACAAUAUCCUUCAACUAUAUCUUUCCUGAAUUUGAUAAAUGCUCUUAUUGCAGAGGAAAGAGAUUUGAGUGAUAGAGGGCAAAGAUUUAUUGGCAUCUUUAGGUUCAUCUAUGAUCAUGUUUUUGGGCCAUUUCCUCAGAGAGCUUAUGCAGAUCCAUGUGAAAAAUGGCAGUUGGUUGGUGCUUGUCUUAAACAUUUUCAGAUGAUAUUAAGCUUGUAUGACAUCAAGGAUGAGGAUUUUGAGGGUGUAGUUGAUCAGUCACGACUUUCAACAACAAAAGAAUUGUCACCACUUCAGACACAGAUCCCUGUGUUAGAGUUGCUGAAAGAUUUCAUGAGUGGCAAGACUGCCUUUCGGAACAUAAUGGGUAUUCUUCUGCCAGGAGUUAAUUCCAUCAUUGCUGAUCGUACUAGUCAAAUAUAUGGGCAGCUUUUAGAAAAUGCAGUGCAGCUUUCUCUGGAAAUUAUAAUACUUGUCCUUGAAAAAGAUUUACUGCUUUCUGAUUAUUGGCGUCCUCUAUACCAGCCAUUGGAUAUUAUACUCUCCCAUGAUCAUAAUCAAAUAGUGGCCCUGUUGGAGUAUGUCAGAUAUGAUAUUCAGCCAAAAGUUCAGCAAUCCUCUAUCAAAAUCAUGAGUAUUUUAAGCUCUCGCAUGGUUGGGCUUGUUCAACUAUUGCUUAAAUCUAAUGCCGCAAACAGCUUGAUAGAAGAUUAUGCUGCCUGCCUUGAGUUGCGGUCAGAAGAGUAUCAGACUGUUGACAAUAACAAUGAUGAUCCUGGCAUUCUUGUUCUGCAGCUUCUAAUUGACAACGUCAACAGGCCAGCUCCAAAUAUCACUCAUUUACUACUUAAAUUUAAUCUUGAUAUGCCUGUUGAACAAACAGUCUUACAGCCUAAAUUUUAUUACAGUUGCAUGAAGGUUAUUCUUGAUAUCCUGGAGAAGCUUAUGAAGCCUGAUGUAAAUUAUUUAAUUCAUGAAUUUGGCUUUCAGCUCCUUUAUGCGUUGUGCGUAGAUCCACUAACUUGUGUACCUGUGAUGGAUCUGUUGUCAAAUAAAAAGUACCAAUUCUUUAUUAAGCACCUUGAUACAAUUGGUAUUGCUCCACUUCCUAAACGGAAUAGCCACCAACAACUUCGUAUCAGUUCCCUUCAUCAGAGAGCAUGGCUCUUAAAACUUUUAGCUUUGGAGCUACAUGCUGGUGACGUUAGUCGUUCCAAGCAUAGAGAAGCAUGUCAGUCAAUCCUUUCUCAUCUUUUUGGACAAGGUAUCACUGAAAUUGGUGGAGGGAAGGCCAUUUCUCCAUUUUUGCUUCAAGAUACUUCUGAAAAUGCGGCUAUAGGAAUUGUCAGUAAGAGUAAGGUAUUAGAAUUACUUGAAAUCAUCCAGUUUAGAUGUCCAGAUUCCACUAGUAAGCUCUCAGAUAUUGUGGCUAGUAUGAAAUAUGACUUGCUGGCAGAAGAGAUACUGGGAAAUUCUGGAAAGGGUGGUGUCUACUAUUAUUCUGAGAGAGGUGACCGGCUAAUUGAUCUUGCUUCCUUCCAUGACAAACUUUGGCAGGUGAGUAAUCUCGGCAGUGAACUUGACCUAAAUGAUGUAAGAGAGACAAUUCAACAGUUACUGAGAUGGGGGUGGAAAUACAAUAAAAAUCUUGAGGAACAAGCUGCACAGCUACAUAUGGUGACUGCCUGGUCUCAGAUUGUUGAGGUGUCUGCCUCUAGAAGAUUAACAAUGCUUGAAGAUCGAUCUGAAAUUCUAUUUCAGGUCCUUGAUGCAUCCCUUAGUGCUUCUGCUUCUCCAGACUGUUCUUUGAGGAUGGCAUUCAUAUUAUCGCAGGUAGCAUUAACAUGCAUGGCUAAACUGCGUGAUGAUAGGUUCUUGUUCCCUGGCAGUCUGAGUUCUGAUAACAUCACAUGCCUUGAUCUCAUUGUGGUGAAGCAAUUAUCGAAUGGUGCUUGUCUGACCAUAUUGUUUAAGCUUGUCAUGGCAAUUCUUAGAAACGAAUCAUCAGAAGCUCUUAGGAGGCGUCAAUAUGCCUUGCUUCUUAGCUAUUUCCAGUAUUGUCAGAAUGUGGUUGAUCCUGAUGUUCCAACCACUGUUCUCCAAUUCUUGCUGCUCAAUGAACAAGAUAAUGAAUAUAUUGAUCUCCCAAAGAUUGACAAAGAACAGGCAGAACUGGCUCGUGCAAAUUUUUCUACUUUGAGAAAAGAGGCUCAGAGCAUCUUGGAUUUGGUCAUAAAAGAUGCAACCCAUGGCAGUGAACCUGGAAAGACAAUAUCACUCUAUGUUCUUGAUGCAUUCAUUUGUAUAGAUCAUGAGCGAUUUUUCUUGAGCCAGCUUCAAAGCAGGGGAUUUUUACGGUCUUGCUUUACAGCCAUAACCAAUGUUUCCAAUCAGGAUGGUGGUCUUUCACUGGACUCACUGCAGAGGGUAUGUACCUUUGAGGCUGAACUUGCUUUACUACUAAGAAUCAGUCACAAGUAUGGGAAAUCUGGAGCACAGGUACUAUUUUCCAUGGGCAUAAUGGAGCAUCUUGCAUCAGGAAGGGCAAUCAAUUUACAGGGAGGUUUAAGGUGGGUCGAGACCAGACUUAGAAGAGAUAUGGCUGUGGAUGUCGAUAGACUACGAAUGAUUGUAACUCCAGUCUUGAGAUUAGUCUUUUCAUUAACUUCCUUGGUUGAUGCAUCAGACUUUUUGGAGGUGAAUAAUAAAAUUGUUCGCGAAGGAAUUGAUUUUAUCAAAGGUAACCAAUCACUCUUUGAUCAAGUUCUCCGUUCAGACAUUGCUGAAGCAGAUGAAUUAAGAAUGGAGCAGGUCAAUCUAGUUGUUGGUAUUCUGAGCAAGGUUUGGCCAUAUGAAGAGAGUGACAAGUAUGGUUUUGUUCAAGGGCUUUUUAGUAUGAUGCAUGCUCUUUUCUGUCGUGAUUCAAAUGUUCCUAAUUUUGCUCGAUCAAGAGUAUCACCUGAGAAUCAGAGGAAUUCAGAACUACAGAUGUUUAAUGUAUGCUUCAGCCUGAGCUCGUACUUAUACUUUUUAGUCACAAAGAAGUCCCUGAGAUUACAGUCGUCGGAUGCCUCCUCCAGUUACCCUAAUUCCAUUGAACUUCAACAACCCACAUUGAGUUUGCUCAAUUCGCUUCUUACUUCUGUUACAACUGCACUUGAAAGGGCGGCUGAAGAGAAAUCCUUAUUACUGAAUAAGAUUCGCGACAUAAACGAAUUGUCAAGGCAGGAGGUGGAUGAAAUCAUCGAUAUGUGUGUCCGCCAUGACACUGUUUCAUCUUCAGAUAACAUACAGAAAAGGAGAUACAUUGCAAUGGUAGAAAUGUGUCGAGUUGUUACCAGCAGGGAUCAACUAAUCAUUUUGUUGCUCCCACUCUCUGAACAUGUGCUAAAUAUCAUCCUCAUCCAUCUUCAGGAGAGCUUUGGUGCACUUGAUUCUACAUUGACAACAAACACAAUUACGUAUGGUGCAAAGUAUGAUCCACAAGAAGACAUUGCUUUGUUAUGUGGAAAGUUAGUUCCAACCCUUGAACGACUGGAACUGCUGAGUGAGGAAAAAGUAGGGCACAAUCUCAAAGUAUUCUGCAGACUAGCAACUUCUGCCAAAGAGAUUGCGAUUCAAAAGUUGAUGUUGUAAAUGUAUUAAAGUAUCCUGACGAAUUGAAUUACUUGAAUCAACUGCUUGCGAACUGGAAAUUAAGUCAAGUAUGAAAGUCAGAAAUGCGGAGGUAAGUUGAAUGGACGUAAGUUAAUAUUCCAGUGCCAACAGAUCGGCUACAGUCGAGAGUGAUGGCUCCACUUCUCUUAAGCCACCAAGUCCAAGGUAUUCAAACUGGCAUCAGUCCCUAGAGAUGCAUUUCGUUCAACAUGAUUAUUGGGAGGUUUUAGUUUAGGCUUUAUUUUAUUUUAUUUUAUUGUCGGUAAACAGUUUAGGCUUUAUUACUAAGGGUUUGAAUAGUCUGUAAUUUUAAGUUUUAUUUUACUCCUUAAAUUGUAUUUAAAUUUAUGUAAUGAGGAUUUAGGCAUAAAUUGUCACAAAACGCUACAUCGAAUUGCUGACCUAGUAGCUCCAUGGCAUUGGGUACUAAUUUGUUAAUGCUGUAUAAAUAUAGUUCUUCAAAUUAAAUAAUUUUUCAUUUA